AAUCCAAACCGUUAAAAUAUGAUUAACCGAAUUUAGGAUUGGAAGUUCACAACACUACUUGAGAGAAUAGAAUUUAAGGACCACAGUGCACCUUAAAUAGUGUAGGUCCUGCUAAGCCCCUCUUUCUUUUUCUUCUUUCUUGAUUCGUCUUCCAGAGUUCGCACACUCUGUACUUCUUGUUAGAGCAUCUCAACCACCGUGCACUCUCUCUCUGCUUGGAACAAAGGUGAAUAUGGAAUGCGUGGUUCAGGGUAUUAUAGAGACACAGCAUGUUGAGGCCCUUGAGAUUCUUAACUAUUCCCAUAAGAAUUUGGAGUUUUUCAAGUUGGACAUGAUUUUAUUGGCUUUCUUUCCAGGCCCUGUAGCAUCUGAGGUUCGACUUUUAUGUGAUCUUGAGCAGGCUGAACCAUCAUGGACUGUAAGACAUAUUGGGGGUGCAAUGAGGGGUGCCGGUGCUGAACAAAUUUCAGUUCUGGUUAGGACAAUGGUUGAAAGCAAAGCAAGCAAGAAUGUGCUUCGUAUGUUUUAUUUACUUGGGUACAAGUUAGACCAUGAACUGCUUAGAGUGGGAUUUUCUUUCCAUUUUAACAGGGGUGCACAAAUCACUGUAACGGUGUCAUCAAUCAAUAAAAUGCUAAAGGUGCAUGCAACGGACGAGGCUGUACCGGUAACGCCUGGUAUACAGUUGGUGGAAGUAACUGCACCUGCAACUGGUGAAACCUAUGCUGAAGUUGCUUCUGCAGUUUCAUCCUUUUGUGAAUAUCUUGCACCGCUUUUGCAUCUGUCAAAACCCGGCAUUUCAACUGGAGUUGUUCCUACGGCUGCUGCAGCUGCAGCAUCCCUUAUGUCUGACGGUGGUGGUACAACUUUGUAGUGUGCUUGUAAUGUAUAGAUACAAAAUUCUUGUACACUAUUAAACUUUCAUGUUACACAUUGUUAAUUGAAACAAGGAAUGGAACUCCAUUGACACAAGUUGCUUUGGAGUGGCAUAAGUUUUAUAACGGAAAAGAAGAGAAAUGCGUGAAAACUGUUAUUGCUCAUCAA